CACGCUCGGGGCGUGUCGCGUCGGCUCGGUCGCUUCCUGCUUCUCUGGCUUCGACUGACCAGCUGCAUCAGCUCUUUAUCGACGGGAGGCGCCAUGUCACAUCAAACUGGGAUCCAAGCGGGCAACGACGUGAAAGAUAUCUUUGCCCAAGCGCGCAACGGCGACGAGUACCGGGCCCUGAAGAUCGUCAUCGACGAUGAGCAGCUCACGUUGGGCUGCAGCAGAAAAGCCUCCAAGAAGUGGGACCAGGAGUUCGAUUGCCACGUGCUGCCCAUGCUGGAGGAGGAAAUGCCCUGCUACAUCCUGUACCGGCUGGACUCCCGCAACAACCAGGGCUACGAGUGGGUCUUCCUGGCCUGGUCCCCGGACAAAUCCGCCGUGAGAUACAAGAUGCUGUACGCCGCGACCAGAGCCACGCUGAAGAAGGAGUUCGGAGGAGGCCACAUCAAGGAUGAGAUUUUCGCCACUGUCAAGGACGAGUUGACCCUGUGUGGAUACAGGAGGCACCUGAGCUCGCAGGCCGCGCCGCUGCCCCUGACCGCUGCCGAGGAGGAGCUGAGGCAGAUCAAGCUCAAUGAGGUGCAGACGGACAUCAGCGUGGACACCAAGCAUCAGACCCUGCAGGGCGUGGCCUUCCCCAUCCACUCAGAGGCGGUCGCCGCUCUGGAGCGCUUCAGGGAGAAGAGAAUCAACUACGUGCAGCUGGAGGUGGACUCGGUGCAGGAGCUGAUCAGACUGUGCAGUACCGAACCCACCGAGCUGAAGGACCUGCCCCUCCGGAUCCCCAAAGACACGCCGCGCUACCACUUCUUCCUGUACAAGCACUCGCACGAGGGCGACUACCUGGAGUCCACGGUCUUCAUCUACUCCAUGCCCGGGUACAACUGUAGCAUCAAGGAGAGGAUGCUGUACUCCAGCUGCAAAAGCCCCCUGGUGGACAUGGUGGAGAACAAGCUCCAGAUCGAGAUAGAGAAAAAGCUGGAGAUCGACAACGGCGACGACCUGACCAGCGAAUUCAUGUACGAGGAGGUUCAUCCCAAGCAGCACGCGCACAAGCAGGCGUUCGCCAAGCCCAAAGGUCCGCGGGGCAAGAGGGGCGGGCGGCGCAUCACCCAGCCACCAGCAGAGGGCGAGGAGGACGACUGAGGCGCCACUGUGGAGCCUUCGCACGACGGCGAGGAGGUCAUCAUCGUAAUUCCACUUGUUUCAUAGAAUAAGACCUCGGAUUUCCACAGACUCAAACCCGACCCCCCCAUGCCCCCACCCCCCAACCGCGUCCACCCACAGAGCUGACUAUGCACAUGGACCACUGAGCAUCGACGCGUGUUCCAGGAGGCGACAUUUGUAGCUUUGACCUGAAGCCUCACACACACUAACAUCAGCGUCACAUGACAUCACUGCAUCCAACCAGGAGAGGCACGUCCUUACUAACGGGACACGUGGGUGUCAAGCGCUCCACCUAGUGGUUCUGGUCAGUAAGUGCACAAGCGAGACUGUAAAGCGAAAAUUUUGAAUUUCUCUUGAGAAUAUCGUCACUCACACUGAACCAUUGAUAACUUGUGGCGCCACCUGCAGGUGGACCAGUGUUAAAACAACUAGCUCUAACAUUUUUUUUUUUGCCAAUGAUGUGAAAUUGCGCCAAAAUGUUCUGUCUUCUUUCUGAUCUUAUUUUUCUGCAUUCCUUAACUCUGUCCGUCUGUGGCGGGAAAACUGAUCCGCGAGUCUGUCGAUUCAUUUUAGCGUUUUAUAUUUGAUUUCUUUUUCUAAAUGCGGUUUACAUGGAAAUCAUCUGCUGAGAAACUUAUUUUUCUAUGCAAAGUGCUGUAAACGUACGUUAUUGUAGCUCCGAGUGGGGAAACAAGGCGGAAGCUUCCGGAACACCGACAACAAGCCACUCCGACAGGAAGUGGAGUGGACGAAAAGGGAAUAUCUGCCACCUGCUGGUCUACAGAAGAAUUAAUUCGGCUUUACUCACCUCAUGUUGGAAGGUUAAAGUCCUUCGUUUCAUUUCGUGUCAAAGUGAGGAAAAAACACGUUUGUUUUCUUACGAAUCUUUUAAAGAAUAAAAAUAUUUAAAUCGCUUCUUUCUUGAUUAUUAGU